ACCUUGCUAAUUUCACUCGAAUAAAUUUAGGUUUGCAUAUGUAACCCCUUCAUAACUACCGUCCAAAAACAAGCCGUAGAGUGGCUUCUCUUUCACUAACUACCAAAUUCCCAGCUACACUGCCUCUUCCUUUUUCCUUUGCUUUUGCUUUUCCUUUACCAAUUCCACUAGGGCACUUCUACUACUUAUACACAACAAAUGCAAAUGUCUUAGAACUAUAACGCCCCAAGUUUAAAGUCACCUACAAACAGAAAAAGAGAAAGAAAUAAUGAGUACGCCGGCGGUGCACCCUGUUGAGACUCCGCCAGUGAAUAAUGUGGCACCGCCGAGGAUGAGAGACUUACAAGGCAUGCCUGGUACUAUUGGCAGCCUCAUUUUACGAUUGUGUCAGUUCGGAUUUGCUGUUGUUGCUAUGUGUGUUAUGGUUACCACUUCUGAUUUUCCCACCGUUACCGCUUUUAGUUACCUUGUAGCUGCUGUUGGAUUACAGAUCAUAUGGAGCCUUGUACUUGCUAUUGCCGAUGUAUAUGCAAUUUUGGUGCAAAGAAGUUUUAGAAAUGCAGCAGUUGUCAGUCUAUUUACCAUUGGUGAUGGGACUUUUAUCCUUGUGAAGGAGGCUCAAGCUAAAGAGGAAUCCAUUACUAAGUUUUGGUCACCUCUACUCUUACAUUUGCCGCUGCCUGUGCUUCAGCUGGAAUUACAGUUCUUAUUAGCAAUGAUCUGGAUAAAUGCAACCUGAACCACUGCACAAGAUUUAUGGCAGCUACAGCAAUGGCAUUUUUAAGCUGGUUUGCUACAUCACCGUCCUUCUUCAUGAAUUUUUGGUCUCUGGCUUCUCGCUAGCUGCAGUUCUGGUUGACUACAAAAGAGACUAGGGGAAAGGACCUUAGUCUGCUGCCGUAUUGUUCUCUAUUUUAAGUCAGGCCACCCUAGCUGUUCUUAUUUGUAAAAAUCAGUGUAUUUCUGUUCGGCAUGCUUAUGUGAAGAAGAACCCUCGUUGUUUACAAAGUUGAUAUAAAAUCACUAUUUAAAAAUUAUGUGCUGUCACAGUUUUUCAAGGCUUUAGUAGAUCUGCAAGCUUGGGUGACUAUUUCUGGAUGUUCUAUCGAGUUAUGUGCCAAGCCUGCUCAUGAUGAAGCCUCUAACCUGAUUCAUUUACCAUCUGAUGAUGAGAUGUUUAACCUCUGAAGUGUUUUAUACAUCCUAUGUAGUCAUAGCUGCUCAUUUAAAAGUAGGAGCAGUUUUCGAUAUUGGAGGAUUCUAAAGUUCUUUAUGUUUGUUUUUUCAGCAAUCGUAUCACUGUAUACAGCACUUUUCUCCGUAUUUUGGUAGAUCUAAUGGCAAAGAGAUGCUCUGUUCA